AUGAUUGUCUGGCGGGAUUGUUUUGAUGACGUUGAGAAAAUUGAACUCGUGAGGAAUAGUUUUAAAUUAACAUCGUUUUACGAACAGAAUCCAUUAAAUGAAAGUGAUUUCAAGGAAAAUCCACAAUAUUGGUUUUUCACUACGGAUUUUACUUGCACGAAUGAAUCGGAGGAGAUCACUCGAAAGAUAGACAUCAAUCUUUUUUCACACCCAUAUCGUUGGAUAAUAUUUGUUGAAAAUAAUGAAGUUCUACGCCACAUAAGAGCACUUACAGAUAGUGAUGUAUUGAUUGCUCAAAUCAUUAACGAUGGCUUCAAUCUGAAGAAAUUUUAUAAAAUUGAAGAAGAGUCAAGUGAAAUAUAUUGUGAAAGUUACGGUUCAUGGAGCAUGCAAUCAGGUAUUAAAGAUGAACGUAUCAUGAAAGUCAUUUCACAGAAAAGAGAAAAUUUACACGGUAAAUUGAUAACAUCAAGCUAUGUUGCACUGAACAAAUCCAGUCGAAAUCAUCUAACAGACUUUGCUGAUAAAAACGUUGAUUCAAUAUUGAAGUAUAAUUAUAUUAUCAUCAAUUCUAUCCUGGAUAAGCUCAAUGUAACAAAGAAAGAGCUAUUUCAAGGUACUUGGGGCUAUUAUAAUGUAAAGACAAAGAAAUGGUCCGGCAUGGUUGGUGACAUAGUCCACAAAGGUGCUGAUAUUGGAGGUAAAAUAAAGAGAAAAAAGGGGACGGCACUUUUUAUGGUUGCAGAGAGAUUUCCUUUUAUAGACUACACGACAUUAAACACACCAACACGAGGAAAGUUCAUCUUUCGUGCGCCACAGUUAUCAGCAGUUUCCAAUAUAUACACAUUGCCAUUUCGAUCGAGUGUCUGGUUUUCAUGUCUUAUUCUCGUUCUCAUCAGCACGAUUCUGCUUCAUUUGACAUCACAAACUGACAACUCUGCUGUCAAUAGUGAGAAAGUAAAUCAUCACAAGAGAUUCACUGACUCGAUGUUAUCAACAAUAGCCGCUAUAUGCCAAAUGGAUCCGUCACUGACAUCGAGUGUUACAUCAAGUCGAAUCAUCAUGUUCUUCAUCUUUUUGGCAUUCUCCUUUCUUUAUGCUGCUUACACAGCAAAUAUUGUUUCACUGCUUCAAUCACCAUCAAAGAACAUUCGAACGAUGGAAGAUUUGUACAACUCUAAAAUAGAGUUAGGCAUUGAAGAUACGCCUUAUAAUCGAUAUUACUUUGCAGCAGCUGAAGGCGUUUUUGAAAAGAAAGUUUAUAAAAAACUGAAUCCUCCUGGUGAAAAAGAUCAUUACUCAAAGAUACACGAAGGUGUUGCUCGUAUCAGGAAAGGAUUAUAUGCAAUGAUUGCUGAAGAAACAGGCAUUUAUAAUAUCAUGGAGGAAACGUUCUAUGAGCAUGAGAAGUGCGAAUUAGUUAAUAUUGAAUUUUUGAAAUUCAGUGACCCUUUCCUGGCUAUCAAGAAAAGGUCUCCAUAUAAGGAGAUCAUCAAAGUCAAGUGA